AUGGCCCCUCCCGCACAGGACGCAGAGUCCUCGACUCGUCCGACAGCCCGCGCGCGGUCCAACACGACCUCGCUCUUUUCCUGGCGCAACAAGGCGCGCCCCGACGCACCCGCCCCCGCCGCGCCGCUGCCCUCCGUCGACGAGCUCGUGCAGGCCCUCGCGCCCCCCGCCGUGCCGUCCCUCCACCACGCCCGCCAGCUCGUCCACGCCCUCUCCGCCUCCUCCAUCCCGCCCCCCGGUCCCGCCAGCUUCAACCCCAUCCUCGCCGGCCUCUGCGACCCCACCGCGCCCGUGCCCCUCCAGGCCGUCGGCUUCGACCUCCUCGCGAGCUACCUCGCCUCCUUCUCCGCCGUCAACGGCGUCGAGAGCGCCGCCUUCACCAUGCUCCUCUCUGCGUCCCCCGUCUGGAACGCGGAGGUGUGGGAGCCGCGUCUGCGCGCCCUCAGCGCGCUCGCGCAGGUCGACUCGGACGUGCCUGGGCGCGAGCUGGCGUACAUGGGCCUCGCGACCUCAUGGAUUGAGAGCGCCUUCGAGGGCCUGCUCGCACCCGAGAAGCUGGGCAGUGGGGAAAAGGCCGAGCGCGAGCGCGCCAUCGAGAAGGUGUCCGAUUUCGUGGACGCCAUGAACGACAAGCUAAAGAGGCUCUUUACGGCGAGAGAGAACGAGCUUGCGGGCCUCCUGGGACGUUAUGCGGACCUCGUCGAGCGUGCUCUCUCGUCCAGCUCGCGGGCGUCGGAGAGCACAACAUCGCCAUUUCCUGACCAGCCUGGCUCUAGUAAUACAACCACCCCGACCAAGAGUCCGCCUGCUCACCGGCGUCACCCGUCCUCAACCUCUAUCCCCUUGCUUUCUCCCUCCAGCCUCUCCUCCACCCCUCCACCCAAACUCCCCAUCGACGUCGCCCUGCUCAUGUACCUCAAACACCUCUCCUUCCAGCUCGCCGUGCUCACGCCCAUCCACCUCGAGACCAUCCUGCCGCUCCUCUUCCGCUGCCUCGCACACUACGCACACCCGCUCCCGCGCCUCUCGCUCGACGCCAACCACCCGCACCCUGCCCCGCCCGUCGAGAAGCGCCUCCGCAAGACGCUCUACCAGCUCUUCACCGGGCCCUUCGCCUCCUCCUGCACGCUCGUCCUCCGGCGGCACCUCCGCCCGCCCGACUCCCCUGUCCCCCACACGCAGACGUCCUUAGGUGCGUUCCGCGCCGCGCGCAACAUGCUGCGCACCGCGCUCCUGUCGCGCCUCGCGAAAGCCAAGUUCACGGGGAGCUACACGCCCUCGGGCGCGCCCGCGCACAUCGACGCGGGCCCGGACGUGAUGAAGUACGCGUGUCUCAAGGAGGAUUUGAGCGCCUGGGAGACCGCGCGCGUGUGCCGCGCCCUGCACGCGCCUGUCAAGGCGUGGAUCGCGCUGGAGGCGGACAGGGAGGCGAAGGAGGCGGUGCUCGAGGAGGCGGUGGGCGUCGUGAAGGAUAUACUGCAGGAGGUGGACGAGCGCCCCGAGGACGACGAGGGCGACGUCGAGGAGGCGGGCGCAUUGGGACAGGUGCUCUACCAGCUCGCGCUGUACGCGGAUACGUUGCGGACACAGGACGGUUUGCCGUUGCCGCUUCCACUCAAACACCCCACGACGGCGGCAACGCCCUUCACGCGCUCGCUCGCCUCGGUGCUGGCUCGCGAAAGCGACGACACACCCACCGAUCCGUCCCUCCCGAUGAUACUUCUGGUCGUCGCGGACCACAUCACCGACGAGGACACCGCGAAGCUCGUCCGGUCGCUCGACCACCAGCACGAGCUCUCGCCCAUCUCCCCGGAUUGGCUCGCCAACUGGUCUAACAUCCUCACCCACGCCGCGCUGCACGCACCGGAGCGCCCGCUCACCCGCGCUAGGGUCUUGCGAGCGCUGGAAAAUGCGUAUGCAACGGUGAAGGACAUGGCGCCGUAUCGGAAGCCGUUCUCGGACCUCAUCCUUGAGUUCUGGAGGAGCCGGGUGUUCGACCAUGGGGAGCAGGAAGAGGGGGAUAUCGUCUGGCAUAUCCUGGGCGAGGAGGUUGUAUUAAGGACUGCAGAAGCGCAGGUCGACGAGGCAACGAAUGAGCCAGCGUUGGACCCUGCUGAUCAUGACGCCGUCGACGCCAUUAUCGACUUUCUGGCUACUGUUGCCUCAGGGAGCUCUGGGCGCGAAGAUGAUUCGGUAUACGUACCUAGCGUGCAGACUCUGUCUCCCACGAGCCAGUCGCCGGUCCCGCAAGGUAGCCCUGUCCUGUCUAGGGUGCAGUCCGAGUACGCGAUCCAAUCCAGGGAGAAGGAGUCGUCCAUGCCCUCGGUGAUUUCCAUACUCUCGUCGUUUUCGGCGGGAAAAUCGCAGACGCACCUGCCGGAAUCUCCGCACGAGAGCCAAUUCGAUACAAAGAUCGCGCUGCCGAGCGAGGCGCAGAAGAUCAUCAACUCUGUCGGCGCAGUUAUGGGCCUCAUAUCCAUAUUCACGCAGCUGGCGUUCACGCCGCGCUCGCUCCUUCAGCACGACUUGGCGUUGGCUGUGAGGAUGUUCCACACGCUCGUGCAUCUUUUGCGGACCGCCAGCUGCCCCAGAGCAAGAUUGACGAUCCUGCAGUUCAUGAUGCGGCUCCGGGCGGACAGGGACCACCGAUUAUUCUACGUGGAGGAAGCGUAUGACCGGCAUGGGCAUAUAAGAUACUUGGCCUCGCUGAUCGGUAGAGCUGCUCCGAACGGGACAAAGGAGGGAGAGCGACUGCAGAGCGAAGAGCCGGCCCCUGAGGUGCGGGAGCUUCGCAAACCACGGCCUUCUGUGCCCCAGGAAAGGAAUGGGAGGCUGCCGUCGCGCGGGCGAGCGGUGCACAAGUCAGCGUCCGCGUCCAGCCGAAGUCGGUCGAGGGCGAACCCCCGCGUACCCAUCACCAUCACGUCCGCUAAGCCUCCCCGAAUACUCUGGGUUGCCCCUGAAGUCCCGACGUUCUCAGUCGUACAGGUUGACACCCCGAGCGAAGGGCUCAUUUCCUAUGAUCCUAACGGACCUGGAUUGCGUAUCGUGCUGCCGAUUUCGAGCUACUUGUCAGCUCUGGUCGAUAUUAUCCUAGAGGAAAGGGACUGGGAGGUACUGUCAUACGUGCUAUGCCAUCUGCCGAAUCAGCUGGCCAACAAGCAUCUGUUCUGUGGUCCGAAAACACGGAAAGAGAUCAUGGAGCUGCUGAGAGCUCUAUGUAGCGGAAUAUCGAGCGGCAACUUGGCUCAUAAUAUCGAGAGCUGGCCGCCGUCAUUGAAGCCCAGGGAUGCACAGGGGCUGGCAUACCACACGUUGUCCGUUCUCCUCAGCUAUCGUCGCUACCUAGAACCGCAGUUGCACCAUGCGCUUGUGGAAGUCUUCCUGGCGGGACUCAGUGGGCAGCAGUCUACGAUCAAAUGCUGUUUGCAUGCUUUAACCCUGUCCGCCUUCGAAUUACAGCCAUCCAUGACCAGGUAUCUCUCCAAGAUCCUGGAGAAGCUGGCGCAGAUCAUGUCCAAUCCUGUAAUGGCCGUCCACAUAUUGAACUUUCUAUCCAUGGUCGCAGCUGUACCGGCACUCUACGCCAAUUUCACCGAAUCUGACUUCAAGAUGGUCUUUGGCGUUGCCUUGCAAUAUCUGCAGCAUCAUAACCGGCCCGGAGGAGCUCCUACAAUGUCCUGGGCCUUGUCGCAGCAUGUUCGCAUCAUCUGCUACUACGUGGUUUACAUUUGGUUCCUGGCGGUGAAGCUACCGGAUAGACCGCGUCACGUACGGUUCAUUACCCGUCAGCUUCUCCUAGCAAAUGAGGGGAGGACCGAAGUCGACGAGCCAACUGAAGUAUGUUUCGAUUGGCUUGCACGGUAUACCUACGCAAGUGCAGACCCAAGGCCAGCUAGUUCAUUGUUGAAUGACCUGGUCAUGAAUCCGAGACUUCACCAGCCAGAAGCAGCAGUGAGCGAAAAGACAUGGAUCGUCGGCAAUUCAGUGGUCACUAUCCGUGCGUUAGCCAGGCUAGGGUGGUUAGAGGUAGUUUCCAGAAGGCCUUCUGGUAGCACAAAAUUCCUCUGUCGGACAGAGAACGUGCCUAUGGUCGGCCCUGGAGAUGUUGAUCCUGACUUUGUCUCUAUCCCUGCCAGUCUAAUGAUGGAUCGAAGUCCUCGAGGAGACGCAUCGGGCAAAUCUGACGUACCCGAGGAACUACAGGAUAUCUUCGCUACUGAUCGGGAAUCAGAUACGUCGAGGCCGGAUCCCAUUACAGGCUAUGUAUGGAGCGGGACUGCUCCCUCUCAGAGGCGGAAAGACGUCGCAGUGGACCCAUCUUUCUUUGCACUCCAGUUGUCACCAUAUCCCGACACACAUGCUCGCGGACGUCUUGUUACCGAUCAUUCGAUGCUGCCAGCAUUCUUCCGGACUCUGGACAGGAUGCCAGUCAUAGAUACGCACAAGGUUGGAAUCAUGUAUGUCGCUCCGGGACAAACACAAGAAGAGGAAAUACUACGUAAUAACCACGGUUCUCCUGCCUAUACCCGAUUUUUGGAAGGCAUCGGAAGGCUCAUCAACCUUCGUGGCCAGGUGGAUGUCUAUGCGGGCGGGUUGGAACCUGACGAAGAUGGUGAAUACGCCUACGCAUGGUGGGAUGAUAUAGGCCAGAUCCUCUACCACACAGCAACCCUAAUGCCUACCGACCCUGAAGACAAGUACAGCACCAACAAGAAGCGGCAUAUCGGGAACGAUUACGUUCGCAUUGUCUGGAACGACUCGGGCGUGCCGUACAGAUUCGACACCUUGCGGACGGAAUUCCAAUUUGUGAAUAUCGUCAUCGAGCCCCACUCUCAAGGCACGAUCGCUGCUUUCUCGGACAACAGACACGAGCACGAAUACUUCAAGGUCACGGUACAACACGCCCCGGGCAUGACCGAAUUCACACCUAUAGGAGACUUUAAGCUGAUCUCGGCCGAGAACCUCCCUCUCCUCGUCAGACAGCUCAGCUUACUGGCCGACUGGUUCGCGGCUGUUUUUCAACACACGCAAAACGAUACCAUCCAGGUUGAGGUCACCACCAAUUGGCGCUCUCGGCUUCAAGCCAUACGACGCUUCCAGGCUUCCGUGCCUGCGCCUGAUACCUCAGAGUCCCCAGUCGAGGGCAUCAUGGCACAGGAGAUCUUCAGGGACUUUAGCAGUACAUAUUAG